AUGGGUAUAACGCUAAGUACUGAACUUAAAAUCAUUAAAGAGAUACAGUCUGAAUUAAAAAGCAGACACGUAGAGGUUACCAAAAAAGAUAUUUGUAAUUUCUUAAUUUUUAUCCAUAAUGUAUGUCCGUGGUUUGUGAUUACUUGUCCAGAAAUUGUUGCGUCCACUUGGGAUAAAAUAGGAAACGAACUGAGUGCUCAUUUUACGGUUAACAAGGAACCCGAAACAGAGAAAAUUAUAUUACAAUAUUGGAGCCUGCUGCGUGACAUCAUUGUAGCUAAAAAUACUGAGGAAAAUGCCAAAGAAAUUGUUUGCGCUGCCGAAACUCAUCUCGAGCAAGUUUCCCGUGAGUGUUCUAGGCCUGCCACCCGUUCGAAUUCCCUAUCCCAACUCUCAUCUCCCUCCUCUUCAGCUCCCGCCGCCACUGCGGCGGUGCCUGAGACGAUUAACCCUUCCCUCGCCUCUAUGCUCCAGACUGCUCUCAGAGACCUUUCAGGCGUCUCCCGCCUCUAUCCCUCCCUGGCUUCAGCUCCGCCCCAGCAACCCGACCUGACAGACGCUCUAGCCCCAAGGGAGAAAGCAGCUCUCUGCCAUGAUUCUUCCACUACAAAACCUCCACCUUACGCUGUUCCUGCCCCCCCAUGUCUUUCAUCUUUACCUCCUCCUCCUACCGCCCUAGACACUCAGCUCACCACAAUUACCUCCUUGAUCUCCCAACUAGCUCAUGAAGUCCAUAAAAUAAAUCCAACUUCACAAUCCCUUUUCCCUGUUCUCCUUCCUAAUGGAGAAAGCCUUCCUCCACCCCCCUCUCAACAACCCCCACCGCUCCACACUUACCGCCCCCCCCCCCCGCCGCCCGCAGGCCCCCGCACCCGCGCGCGGGUGCGGCGUGAGCGCGAGGCGCAGGCGGCCGCGGGAGCUGCGGCUCAGGCUCAGGCAGAGGCCGCCGUGGAUUCGGGCUCUCAACACUCAGAUUCGGACGGAGAGGAAGCCCAACCCAGCAACAACAGACCUCCGGAGGGUGAGAUAAAUUUCCGUUACGAGGCGAUUAAUAAAAGGGACCUCAAUGAACUGCUUCAGGCAGUUAAGAAUUACGGUGCCCAAGCCUCCUAUACUAUAUCUUGUCUUGAAUCGCUGGGAAAUGGUGGUGCCCUUUUACCCUAUGAAUGGAAACGUGUUGUCUCCAACGCGCUCCCGCGUAAGCUCUAUUUGCUCUGGGAGACUGACUUUUAUAGGACCUGUCGAGAUCUAGCUCGGGGAGAUAAAACCUGCCGGUUUAUGCUUUCCGGCUCUCCCCCAUAUGAUUCUACACAGCAGCAACGCUCAUUGCCCCUUGAUUAUCUAAUAAAUACAGGUUUUGCCGCUAUGAAAGCAUGGCGAGCUUUGCCCAAGGAAGGCGAUGCAAAUGCCCCUCUUGGCCAAAUCACACAGGGACCAGACGAACCCUAUAAUGCGUUCAUCAGUCGCCUCCUAGAGGCCGUAGAGAGAAUUGCAGGCUCCUCUCCCUCUGAAAUGACAAAUACCUUAGUCAGGCAACUCGCUUAUGAGAAUGCCAAUGCUUCUUGCAAGGCCCUCUUAAAGGGACGCAUGGCUAACAAAACCAUUCACGAUAUGAUUGACCUUUGCCGUGAUGUUGAUCCCUUUGCCCACCGAGUUGCCCAUGCUAUGGCUGUCAUUCAAAACCAAUCCUCAGGCAAAGUCUGUUAUUCGUGUGGACAAGCUGGACAUUUUGUUUCUCAAUGCCCUCAGCGCUUAGCCCCUGUCAUGCAGACAGGUACAGCUAACCCCCGCCCUCCAUUUUGUCCACGCUGCCGCCGUGGCCGCCAUUGGGUGGCGGAGUGCCAUGCCACUAAGGACAUAGAUGGCAAUCCCCUGCAGCCUAACCACCGCCUUUCGGGUCAGGGAAAAUCCACCAGGGGCCAGCUCCGGGCCCCGCGCCGCCAAUUUCAACGCUUUGUUCCGGCUUCGGAGCCCAGCCAGCCGGUCCAACCCACCCCAGCUCCCCAGGCAUAUUACCAGCAGCAACAGCAGCCUUGCCAGCAUCAGCCACUAGUCCCCCCCUCAAUGCUCCCACCUCAGCAGCCUCCCUUAUCAGGGCAACCCCGGGGAGCGCAGGACUGGACCUGUACCCCGCCUCCCCACACGUAUUAA